AUGUUUGCCUUACCCCCACCGCGACGCCGAGGAUUAGAUGGCGUCCCGCGGCCGGCCGGCACGUCAGCCACCGCCGCGGUAGCCACACCUGCGCGCACGAGCAAAGACAGAGAGAGAGCCGAGAGUCCCGGGGCACCGCCAAACACCAGCGUGCGGCAGCAAACACGCGGCGAGCAGGUGUUCCAUCAUCCAUUACGGACGGACGGGCUCCGUCCGCGCGAGACCACUGAGAAGGCCGUGCGAAAUGUCACGACGGGCGCCAGGUUGGGAGGUGGGUUGUGCGAGCGCCGUAAAGCUGCUUUUUGA